AUGGCAAACAACGCAAGUCUCAAGCCUGUCAAAGACUUGAAACCAUUUAAGACUAAAUGGCGAUCUCAAGUGAAAGUGCUACAUUCAUGGCUGCAAAACACUGGUUCUGGUGGGGAGACUCUUCAAAUGGUUCUGACCGAUGAACAAGGUGAGAAGAUUAGUGCUACGUGCAAAAGGAAUCACAUUUUGAGUGUCCAGCGAAAACUACCCCAGGGAAAAUGGUGUGUUCUCACAACAUUUUCCGUUUCGCAAGCAUCGGGCCAAUAUCGGCCAACAAGCCAUCCAUACAAGAUAACGAUCAGUGACGAAACUGUGAUAACAAAUUCUGACCUAAUUCAAGAUAGCAUCUUCCUGUCUCUUGCCAGAUACGAAGACAUCAUUGAUGGGAACUUAAAGACCAACUUCCUUAUUGGUAAUACCUCUUUGUCAAUAUGUUAUGGGAAAAUCGUAAGCCUUGAACCAGUUCAAACCGUCCAAGUUAAAGGACAGGACCGGAAAAAAGUUCAAUUUCGUUUAGUUGAUGCAAAGUUCGCCAAAAUCAGUUUUUACAAAGGUGAGGUGAAAAUCACAAAUGCUUUUGAUGCAUCCAUUGUUUAUCUUGAUCCAACUAUGGAGGAAGCAUUACAGUUCAAGGAGAAGCUGGUGGAAGACGAGCUUCCUCUUGCUGUUAUUGAGAAGAAAAAUGGUAAGAAAGAAAUUGUUUUACAAGAAGAUGACUGGAACAAGCUUGAGAUCAAGAUGAUUUUGGAACUCUUUGUGGAGAACUGCAAAAUCAUUUGUUCAACUGAAGCUGUUGACACUGAUUGGGCAUGGUUCUACUUUGGGCAUAAAGGUUGCAAACAUCGUGCCAUAAAACUUGCAUCAAACCAUGACAACAACCAACUUUGGCGUUGUGAGAAAUGCCAAAAACAUGUAAGUUUGAUGUUGCUGAACACUGUUGCUAAGAUCAUUGUUGGACAUGAAGCUGUUGAUCUGUGGGAUGGCUCCUAUGAUGAGAUUGAAGAUCCAGAGCUCCUACCAGAACCUAUCAGAGCUUUAGAAGGAAAAUCUUUUUGUUUUGGCAUUUCUGUGAACUCUGACAAUGCGAUGGAUGGGGCAGGAACAUUUAAAGUUCUUGAGGUCUGGUCUGGAGAUCACAUUCUUAAAGUGGAAUCUCAAUCUGAGCCAACCUCAAUGACUGGCACAUCAUCUUCUACCCUGUCUUCUGGUGCUCAUGCUGGAAGAAAACAGCCAGAAUGA